UCUAAGUUUACCGUUAGUCCUCAAACUCCCUUCUUCACCUUCACCUUAUCAGUUAAAACAUAACUUCAAAUAUCAACAAAAAUCCCUCUGAAAUGGUCCAUUUCUUGCUUGUACUUAUCAAUCUUUAAGAGCUAAAUUUGUGUCACUUUUAAUAUAUUAAGAGUACAUUUUAUUCUUGACUCACUCCACUACUCAUCAUCUUUCUUGAUUUUUUUCUUGAAAAUUCUUAAUACCCAAGAAUUUGAGUUUAAUUGUGGUGGGGUUAUUGAAAAUUUUCAAGAAAUGGCAGCAUUAGCACCAGGAAUUUUGUUGAAGCUACUAAAUGGAAUGAAAUCAGGUGUGAAGCCAACAAGUGAACACAGGAGUUCACUUUUACAGGUUACUGAUAUUGUCCCUGCAGAUCUUGAUGAGAAAAAUCUAUGGCCAAAGCAUGGAUUUUUCAUCAAGGUUUCAGAUUCUUCACAUUCGAUUUAUGUAAGUCUUCCAUAUGAACAAGAUGACUUGGUUUUAAGCAAUAAAAUGCAGUUAGGGCAGUUCAUUUAUGUCGAUAGAUUAGAGCCCGGUUCGCCUGUUCCUGUCGUUAAAGGCGCGAAGCCUCUCCCUGGAAGACAUCCUCUUGUAGGAACUCCAGAACCAUUAAUGGGAUUGAGAGAAAAAGGCGAAAAAGUUGAACAAAAAUUUAAGCAAAAUAUGUCAGCUCCUCCAAGAAGGGGUUCUUGGGGAAUAGGCCAAAAUGGGACAGAAGUAGUUGCAUCUCCUCAAGUUAUGAAGCCGGUUCCUAUUGAUUUCGAUCAAUGUACACCGAUUAAGGAAAGGUCUAGUGCUGUCAAGAUAUCGCGAGUUAUUCCAAUGUCACCUGUUAUUCGAGGGAAAUUAUUAACUAAAGAAGGAGGAGGAGGCGCGAGUAGUACUAUGGUAAGGUCAUCGGUUGGUGGCGCGUUGUUGUCUAAAUUGAUAGAGGCUAAUAGUCCUGCUAUGGUAAGGAAAAGUUGUGCUACACCUAGUAUGAUGAAAUUUCCUAGGAGCAGAAGUGUUACUGAUCGAGAAGAGAGAAUUUACAAGUCUCCAUUAAAUUCAGCUACACAGGAAAAGAAAAGUACAACUCCACCACCAAGUUUAAGGAGUGCAAGAAUGGCAGCUUCUCCAACUGUAGGCAGAGAUUCUCAGAGGCUUUCCAAUUCCAAAAAGUCUUGUCAAGAACAACAACAAUCUAAGCCUGUCGAUUCGACUCAAGACAACACGAGUCUGACUGUUAAUUUGCCUGGAAAACUUAGUAUCUUGGGGAAGGAAGCUGUACAGCAAAGAGAAAAUGCACAGAAAAUUGCUCUUCAAGCACUAAGGGACGCAUCAGCCACAGAAAAUCUUGUGCGGUCACUGAAAAUGUUUUCAAACUUGAGUAGAGCUGCAAAACCGGAAGCGCCAGCAGCUUGCUUCGAUCAAUUUCUUGAAUUUCAUGAACAACUUGUGCAAGCUGUAGCAGAAAUGGUAUCCAUUCAAGCAGCAGCAACAGCUUCAAAUGAAAUGUCACAAACUUCAAAUGUUGAACCAGAGAAUGGCACCCCUAUUUUACAUGAAAUAGUGCAGAAUUCACUGGAAGAAUCACGAGAUAGCGAAUCAAAUGCAUCUAAAAGGAGAGCUGCACUUUACAAAUCCAUUGCAGUGUUUCCUCCUGAAAGGAGUGAUCAAAAAUCAAUUCUUGGGAAGCAUUUGAGAUCAACAUCAAGGGCAAUAAAAGGAGCACUAUCCAAUAAUAAUGCAAACAUAAAUGAGAAUGAUGAGAACAAGAAACCGGCUUCUUCUUCCACAAGCAGCAGCCUUUCGAAUACGAUCAAAUUGGGAAAGCAGAUUGAGAGUGAAAGUGGAAGUUGGUUUAUGGAUUUUCUUGAAAAGUCCCUGGAGAAAGGGCUGAAAAAGGCUAAAGGAAAAGUAGAAUCAGAUUCUUCAGGCAAAGUCCCUCAAUCACUCUUGCUUAAAGUGAUUAAUUGGGUUGAAGUAGAACAGUUUGAUUCAAAUAAACGUCCUAUUCAUCCUAAAGCAGGACACAUAGCCAGGAAGUUGAGGAUCAAAGUGAAGAAUCCUUGAGAAAGGAAGCUGAGAUUUAUUUUCUUGUAUCAAACAUUCUUUGAUAUGUUUGUGUUCAGUUUUAUGUCAUUUGGUAUAAUUAUUUUAUUUGUAAGCUGCAAUACUACAUGAUACUCUUAUAAGCUUAAUCACAAAUUAUUACUAUAGAAAA